UGAAUGGAGAGAGAGGGAGAGAGAGGGCGAGUGAGGAUGUGUGAGAGGGAGAGAGAGAGGAGCAGAGCUGCUCAGUUGCCUUAGCAGCGCAGCUUCAUUCCUCCACACUCCGCUGCUGUGAGCUGUCACACUCUGCUCGUUCUUCACCUUUUUCCACAUUGUUGGGCUUUUCAAAUUGCAGUCAAGUUUUUUUAUUCUUCUCUCUCUCCAAGUCUCACGUCGCAUCCUGAUAUGAAGAAGAAGGCGACGGGGAAAGUCAUUUUUUUUUUUAAGUAGCCCAGGUGUGAUAUAAUAAAGCUGUCCCUGUCUCCAGAGAGCAUGGCUCUGCAGGUGGUGAAUGGGAGCGGGCUGGAGGUGUCGGCGGGAUGUGUGGAGCAGGGGAACCUCAGCCUGGGAGUCAACAUCAGCUGCAGCAACAGCUCCAACCUCCCGAGACCGAUCACCAGAGUCAGAGAGAUGGACUCGCUGCGCAUCCUGCUCUAUGUGCUCAUCUUCCUGCUCAGCGUCUUCGGCAACCUGCUGAUCAUUGUGGUCCUGGUGCUGAACAAGCGCAUGCGGACCGUCACCAACUCCUUCCUGCUGUCGCUGGCGGUCAGCGACCUGAUGAUGGCCAUCUUCUGCAUGCCCUUCACCCUCAUCCCCAACAUCCUAGAGGACUUCAUCUUCGGGGCCUCCAUGUGCAAGACCGUCACCUAUUUUAUGGGGAUCUCUGUCAGCAUCUCCACCUUCAGCCUGGUGGCCAUUGCCAUAGAGAGAUACAGCGCCAUCUGUAACCCGCUGAAGUCCCGCUCGUGGCAGACUCGCUCCCACGCUUACCGUGUCAUCGCCGCCACAUGGGUGGUGUCUCUGCUAGUCAUGGUGCCGUAUCCGGUGUUCAGCAACAUUAGGACUUUCCCCAAGGCCAACGGCACUGUAGGUCAUAUGUGUCGCCUGGACUGGCCCAGUCAUCAAGCUGAACAGACCUGGUAUGUGCUGCUGCUGUUCACUCUGUUCUUCGUCCCGGGAGUGGUGAUGAUUAUAGCAUACGGUCUGAUCUCCAGAGAACUCUUCCGAGGCAUGCAGUUUGAAGUGGGCCAGACCACGGAGACCUCUGGCCAAAAGAACGGUGUGGGCAGGGCUGCGGCAGGGACGAACGAUGAUGACGAUGGCUGCUACAUCCAGGUGGCUAAAAAACCCUCCUCUGCUGUGGAGCUCCCCACCCUCUCUGCCCCGCCUGCUGCCGCCCAGGCCAAGCGCGAGCGCGCCCGCAGUAAUACCUCGGAGGCCAAACUGCAGGCCAAGAAGCGAGUCAUCCGCAUGCUGAUGGUAAUCGUAGCACUCUUCUUCAUCUGCUGGAUGCCUCUGUACUCAGCUAACACCUGGAAAGCCUUUGACCUGAGGUCAGCCGCCAGAGCCCUCUCAGGAGCGCCCAUCUCUUUCAUCCACCUGCUCUCCUACUCCUCUGCCUGCGUCAACCCCAUCAUUUACUGCUUCAUGAACACACGCUUCCGCAAGGCCCUGGGUUCCACCUUCGCCUGCUGCUGCAGCAAUCGCCUCUGCCGCAAAUGCUCCUGCUGCAGGAAGAGAGAAACAGGAGAAGACGGCUUCACCGCCACCUCCAUGGCCACGACGAUGGCCACCUCCAUGUCCAAGAUCAGCUACACCACCGUCAGCACCACCGGGACCUGAUGAACGAGCCUGGAGGAGGGCUGGCUGUCACAGCAGUGGUUUGUCGGACAGCGGUUACUGCGUGCACCAUCUGUUCUUUCAAUCUCCCGUUCAAGUUCCUGUUCUCAUUCUUCAUAUUACUAUGUUCUGAGUCAUGCGCUGAGUAAUAUCCCUUCCCUGAUUCAUGAGAUGGUUUUUAAAGGCCCUGCUCAAAUUCUGUGUGCAUGAUUGCAGAAUGGGAUGGCGGGGAGUCGCUCUUCUCUUAAAUUGGCAGCAUCCACUUUGUUGCACCCUGAACCGAACAUCAAGUGCCUGUGCUUUUUGUGUGGCUUUCAACAUGGUGGCUUGUUCACUGGCUGAGACGGACAUUUGGUGGGAACGACACUGAAAAGAAAACUCCUGGGUACAUAGAAACACUGUCUUUAUGUUCUGACUGUGCCAAAGGUGAUUUUCUGACAGACGGGCUGAUGAACACUGAGGAAUCAUCGACUCAGUCACAAAUCUGCUUGGAUUUCAGAUCCUUUAUGUUAAAUAUUUGUUUUCUCUUUCAUUCAUUCAGGGUAUCUUUCUCUCUCUCUCUCUCAAAUUAUUUUGCACAGUUGGCUCUCAUGUUUUUGAACACAAAGAAAUCAUCAUUCUUGCCUACCUGUGAGAAAGUCUUUUGCUCUUAUUGUGGUAUUUUGCUUUUCUUUACGGAAAGUAAACAACAGCAAAAAGAUUUCAUUUCCUGUAUUUGGGUGAUUGUUAUGGCCUCUUACUAAUGCCGGGAUGUUUGGACCCUUGUACGGAGCCUCUUUGUGAUUCAGGGGGAACAUCUCCGUGCAUCUUUACAGUGUGUAAUCAUCUUGAAGGUAAACAUGAGACUGUAAUUUAGCCUUAUCCUGGCAGACGUAAAAUAAGAGUCAGGUUUAGAGAACCUGGCAAUUUAAUUUUCUUGUGCUGAUCCACCGUGUGUGGAUUUUAAAUCUCCUGCCUGUGCCUGCUACAAAGAGUGUUUGAAUGCUGAUGCAGACAUUAAUAUUCAUAAUCCUUAUUAAUGUGUCAAUUAGCAGUAAAAAGUGCACAUAAUCCACUCAUUAAGAGCUGAUUGUACCUGCUUGUUGAUCCAGUUUGCCCCUUCUACCCGAUGACACAGGAAAGUGCUCCGGUCAAACACACCUUUUCUGCUCCAUUAUCUUUGUCUCUGUACUCUCUGCCUUCCACUGCAGCGCUGCCAAUUACCCAAGCAUUACCUGAGUACAAAGCCCCUGUUCACAGGCUUAGACUAACGAGGUGUUUCUCAGGGGCCCUCUCCUGCAGAGCCAACCUCAUGGCUUUGCCUUUGUGAAGCUGACAGCAAAUGUCUCCCCUCCCUCCAUAUCUGAGCCCCUUCAAUUCUUUGAUACAGUAAUAACAACCCUGAUUGAUAAACAACCAUUCAACAAAGCACGUAGCUAAAAGGGGAACCGGGAGAAGCAGACAAAAGAAGAUGUUCAUGCAAAUACAGAAUGAAAGCAAACUAUGUCUGAGGCUUCUGAAUUAUAAAUUGAUCAUCAAAUCUUCCAGCAGAAAAAAAAUCAUUCCCUGCUUUUGUGUGUAGCCAUUUCACACAGGGACAGUGAAACCAGGGGAAUCGACUUGUGACCAUGCUUCAGCUUUGUAAGAGCCUGAAAAUGGCCGGCCGAGAAAUUCAUCUGACGAAAAAAAAUGACGCACGACGAGGUUGAAAAUCGAUGCAGCUCUCUGAAUGAGUCUCUGAAUGAGUCAAAUCAAAUCACUCAGUGUAUGCCUGGCUUUAGCUUGCGGUUAGUUUCCUGAUAUAUAUUCAUUUGGCAGUUUAUUAGGAACACGGUCAUGUUCAGUUAAUUCAACUGGUCAAUUUUAAGGAUGUAGUUGGUAGUGCUAUUUAAACGUUCUGCAUUAUACAGACAUGCAUUUCUGUUUGAUAGCGUUUUAAAUAAUUUAUGUAAAUCUCAUACAUCUUUCUGCCAGAGCUGCACGGCCCAUUAGGAAUAGAACCCAGAUAAGUAAUAACUCAAGUUUCCCUUUAAAUGCCUUUUGAAACAUACAUACAGCAGUUUUUAUUUAUUAAAGAGUUGUAGAUAAGAUGACAAAUAUUGAAUAAUGCCAAAGAAUGUUCACAUGAUAUUGUUACAGUGAAUAACUAUAAAUCAUCCACAUUUUACCAUUGGCAUCUGCAGCACAAAAAUGUCCUGGAUUUGUUUUAAGCAGUGUGAUGUAAUACUUUUAUCCUGCAUACGUUGGAUAAAAGUAUUACUUUGAAAGCUUAGUGCUGCAUCCCCAACCACUUUUAAGUUUGUUCCUCUUUUUCAUGUCCUCCCGUCUCCCAGCACUCCCCCAUCCCUGCACCACCACCCUUUCAUCCUCUCUGCUGCGGAGGCGUACGAAUACAUGAAUGACAAUAGCGUGUGGGUGACAGCGAAGAUUUGCAGACGCAGGCACUGUCCGAGAGCAGUUCACAGGCGGCAGCAUAGGAGGUGGCAAGUUCGUCUCACAGACGGACAGUUGGCACACAAAAGAUCCCGGACUUGCCCCCCCCCCCCCAUGUAAACACUCUCUGGCAGCUUCCAGACGAUGAGUGAUUAUCAUGCCUUUGCCAGCGCUUGGUGCUAAACCUGUGAAUUUAUGGCUUGAAGGUGUUUUUUAUUCUAUGUCCUGUAGAUUUACAUCUUCACAGAAUAAAUCUCAGUCUCUGCUCAAGUGCAUUAAGAAUUAACAGCGCAAAAACGUAGCCCUGCUCUAGUUCUGGUAAAAGCCUCCCAGAGAGACUGAGACGUGCUCUUAAAGAUGAACUGUUUUAAUUGAAUUUUAUAUCUUUUCUGCUGUUCACCUCACCAGGUUUAGACUUGCAUUAUUGAAAUGAGCAAAGCACCCACUCCCAGAGCAGCUACUUUGCUUUACUUUAAUGCGUUGGCCCCCUGUUUCGGAUGCCGUAGAAAUGAUGCCGCUGCUGGUGCUGAUGUCUCCUUCCUCGCUUGAAUUCCCUCUGUUAUGUGGCCAAAAUAUCCAGCUUUCCAAUUUAAACUUUGUGCUAUCAUGCACUCCAGAGCAAGUGUAAAUAGGGGAAGUGCACGAAUUGAGACGCAGCAGAUGUAUCCUGAAACAAACAGCGGGCUGCAAAACAAACAGAUUUCUGUUACAAAUUUGCAUUCUCUUAAAAAACUAGUUAAAAUGCUAUUCCAGGGGUGAGAAACCUACUUCUGACCCUGUCCCAAGACAAUACCUGAUGCAAAUUGAAAUUGGAAUGAGAUGGAGGCAAGGCACCAUGCACACAGUUGGUUUCCCCCUUAUCUCUACCUCCCUCAAUAAGAACCCAAUUAGGUGCCUUAGGCAGCUCAUGAGGAGGAAACCGCGCACAACACGGGAGCAUUUUCAUGAUCUCAGUGCACAAAGAAAGUGAAAGCACAAAAUAUAAACUGCAGUGUCAUAGUUCAGCUUUCUGCAAACACUACUGCCCCUGUUGGAGCCUGCAGGUGGAUGCUGAGGGUGAGGUGGGGCUGGACAGGCAGCAGAAUUGGUGCAGGGCAGCACAGGCGUUGAAGGAAAAAGAGAGAGAUGGAUAAUCU